AUGGUAACUCUCAAACGUGGGAUGUCCUAUGAGCUUCUCGCCAAAACUCCCGGGCUAUCAUUCCCCUCACCAACCACACCAGUCUCGUUAUCAAGAAUCUGUGCAGAAGUCUUUGGUGGCUCAGAUCCACUACAGAAAAUGACCAAAGCGGAGGUAGAAGACAACAUCUGCGAGUUCUUGACCGAAUGCGACAACCACUUCCACAGCCUCACCAUUUGCCCCAUACACCAUCCCUUGGCGUCAGCAUGUGUAUGCCAGGAAAAGAUGAACUACAAGCACAUUGCCAGCAGCCUCGAGAAAUCUUGGGCAAGACCUAUUGAUCCCGGUCACGUCAAAGCCAUAGUCGAAGCAACCUUGAGCGCUCGAAUCGAGGUCAUCAACGAGAAUAAUGGUAUCAAGAACGAUAUAAAGGGGGCUAAAAGCCUCAUCCUCCUCAACGUUCAUAUCCUCCUUUGCAUAUUCGCGGAGUUCAAGCACAGCCACGAUUGCAGUCUUGUGAAUAGUCUUGUUUGGACCAUCACUGGUGCUAUCGACCAGAAACAAGAAGCUCAAGAGAGGAAAAAAACGCUUCUCAGGCAACGAAAGGCUAAGAACGACAAGUCUGUCUCGGGCGCUGGAGAUCCUUCAGCGGCAGAUACGGCUGUCGCUGAGGAAAGGAAACAAUGA